GCCGCCGCGUCAGCUGUUAGUGUUACAUCACUGCAAUAACAAAACGGCGAGGUGGCGACGACUCGGCCUCACUUCCCCGCUCACUGCCAGUGUUUUUGGUGUGCAACUCUCCUCACACAAGAUGUCACUCACCACCCUACAAGACGCCAAACCAACGGUGCAGUUGGUGGAAACAGAGAGUGCCCCGGGUGGCCACCAGCUGGUUAACCCAUACCGCACCAACAAAGUGGACAAGAUGGACCUGGUGACCAUGGCGGAGGAGAUACAGAAGGCAGACUCCUUCGUGCACGCCAACGUCAGCAACAAAUUGCAGGUGAUUGCUGAGCAGGUGCGGUUCCUCCAGGAGCAGGCAAGGAAGGUGCUGCAGGAGGCCAAGGACAAUGCUGACCUGCACCACGUGGCAUGCAACAUGGUCAAGAAGCCCGGCUCCCUUUAUCACCUGUACCGACGGCCCUCCGGCCAGCGCUACUUCUCCAUGCUCAGUCCAAAGGAAUGGGGAGCCUCCUGCCCACAUGAGUACCUGGGAACAUACCGAUUGGAAGCUGAUCGCUCCUGGACCCCUGCAGACAAACUGGAAGAGAAGGCCAUUGACCAGCAGAUGAUCAAUAAGAUAUUGACUUGCUCUAACACUUUAUCCAUAACCAUGGAUGAAAAACAAUGAGGAACACUCAGUACUAGAUAAGUGUGAGCUCUGAACAGUGGUUGUGAGAGGCUGUGCUGAGCCCAGGCCCUGGUUACCUUUUGGCUGCUGACAGCAGUCACCUCACCCCAAUGACUCUAAGUCUAAGGCCUCUGAACUUUGAUAAGGAAGGCCUCCACCUCCACCAGACUUAUCAAUAUGCAAUUAUUUUAUUUAUUAUCAAUAUUGUGGAUGUGUUUAUUUGAUACACAUGGGAAAAGUAUAUAUAAAAAAAGUAACAUGCUCACAGGAGAAACCUUUAUUGGAAAAAGGUGACCUUGGCAGUCUGCUGGUGAGCAUCAAUAAAAGUGAUGCAGAGCAGACUGAUACAGUGUUGCUCCCUGCAGGCUGGUGAAUGUUGCUUUUCCUCCAUAAGAGAGAAUAAUGGAAAAGGUUUUUACCACAUUGUGUAUAACACAAUAAAGACACUGCCAAC